AUGCCGAUGAUGUCAUGCAUCCUCUUUCUGCUUUCGGCGGUGUCUGCGCAAGACACCGCGUCGCUGGCCCCACUAGCUGCGACCUCUCCGAGCCCGAGCGCUCCGAGCCAGAGGUUGGCCGCAUUCGGUGCUCACACGGGCGAUCGGCAGGAGGCGGGUGAGGGCAGGCACUUGGUCGUCCUCGGCGCAGUCCUUGCUGGAGCGUGCAUUUUCUCGGGCGUGAUACUCGGCUUUCUGCUGCUUUCUUCAGUGGCCGGGCUGGCGGUGCCUUUACUGGGAGCGCUCCCAUCGACAUCCGCGGCCGUCUUCGCAAUGCAGGUCCUGGCUGUGGGGUCAACUUCGCCUCUCAAUGACCUGGCUGUGCCCCUGCGCUGGAUGGCCCCGCAGCCUGACUCCAUGCUGGUGGGCUGCAUCCUUCUGCUCGCCUUUGUGUGGCUGGCGCGGCGUGCCGCUUUGCGCGUGCAUCGCAAGCAGCUCGACCAGAGCUCCGCGGAGCCCCACGGUCUGUCUCCCGGCUCCUGGGAGCUUCGCGCUUUGGGGCUCGUCGCCUUCCCGCUGGCGGCAGCAAGCACGCAGCUGGCGGCAAGCCUGGAUCAGGCAGACUCGGCUCUGGCCGGGCUCGUGGUCUCCACGGUGAUCUUGUGUUUUCUCACGAACCAGGCAGUCUUGGCCUUCCGCUUCCUACACCAGGUGCUGGAGGAGGGCAGCGUGACGCGCACGCCGCUCCCGGCAGGCGCUGGCCAGGUGUUCAUCGACAAGCGCUGCGACGAGCUCAGGGCUCUGCCCCUGGGUGCCUCGCCUGGGGAGGCGAUGUCAGAGUGGCUGGGGACUUCGGGCUGGUGGGUGGCUCCGUCGGUGGCUUUGAUCGAGGAGACAGAGUGGACAGACGAGGCCAUGGAAACCUUUCGAGAGCGGAUGGCGCACUCCAGCCUUGAAGUUCCGGAAGACAGCACCCGGCAAAGAGCUCCAGACUCACUGGAUGACGAACUGCAAGAUCAGCCAUUGCUGGAGGCGAAGUCCGAGGGUGCGGACUCCACUGGCGAUGGCACACCGAGCACCCUCCCAGAGCCACAGGUCCUGUUUCGGGGUGGGGCGAGCGCGGUCAAAGAAUGCCACCCGCUCACUGUGAAGUCCACGGUCUGCUUCGACGGCCCGACGAGGGAGGCUUGUGCAGGAGUUGCCUGCCUCCCCUGGCUGGACUGUGCGGUGCCCUCCAGUGCGCUGCGAAGGGUGGAAGACGUGUCUGGUUGCGUAACGCUGCGGGUACACCCCUCGCAGCUGACCGGGAAGCUGUCUUCCGGGCAAUAUGCUGCCUGCUUCGAUUGGGGAACCAAGUCGCCGUGGCGCUGGCCUGUGGACCUGUCAGCGCAAGUCUUUCUGGGCUUGUGGCUUGGGCUGCAGCGGUCCGGCCGCCAGGUGCUGCCUGCUGCGGCCGGGCUCAUCGACGCUUGCGCGCUGCUGGUUGUUGCCGGCCUGGUCCUCUUCUUUUUCAAGGUUUCGGCGUGGGAGCAUUGGCUCGAUAACGCUGCAUUGCGCUCUGCCUACCUGAUGGUGCUGCAAGUCGUGUCCCUGAGAGUCAUGUGGGAUCCAGCACCUGGGAAGGCGAACGCACUGGAAGUCCCGGCUUCGGUCCUUGCGGCUGGGCUCGCGCUCGUACCCGUCUUCAUUUCACUGCUCUCUGGUGUCUGUCUGGUCGGCGUCGUCUUGGGACGUCUGGAGACGCAGGGCUUGCGCCAGGAUCGUAUGCUCCAGAUGUCUGUUGCAGGCUGGGCUGAUGCAGAGGCGCGAGGAGGUCCGGGCUUCUCCGGCUGCACCGCGGUUCCGCACUUCCCUCGAGGCGACCCACAGGAUGUGGAGGUCAUCCUGCCGGGCUCAAAGAAGGCCUUCGCGAUUCUUCUGCCGGCGCGAUCGCGGAUAAGGAUCCAGCACUUCCAGCUCCUGCCGCCCGCCACGCGUGGUGCUGGCGCUCAGGCCUUGCUGCCGCCGGGCGGCGACGGCGAUCGUCCUCGUUUGCCACUUCCACCAUGGUUUCUGUUCCCCGUGGAGGGCAAAGCGACCGUGGCUGAGGUCUCCAAAGCACCCCCCGGGGUGGUUCCCCUGGCAGCGCUUCUGUCGCCUGGCCGCCCUGGCACGCUCAUCUACGCGGAGGCCUGUCACAACAGAGGCGAUGUAGAGUGGCAGCAGGCCGUGCUGGGCUUCUUCCGCGACGAGGGCAGUGCUCUCGCCGACGAGGCACUGUGCCACAUCGCUGCGGCACAGGACGACGCUCGUUUGCAGCCCUGCCUGGUGGUGGUGGAGGUGCUGCCAUCGUUGGCUUCCGAAUUCAUGGACGAGAGAUGCCAGCUGCCCGAGGAUGUGUGA